AUGCUCAAGUAUUUUCGCCGACGGAAGUUGCGAAAGCAAAAGAAUCUCAUCUCAACUAUCUCAAGCCCUUCAGAAACGACCUCAAGCCUCUUAUCACAAGACAAGCGACCAAUCGAGAGCCCAGUUACUGCUCCAGAACCGCGUGGGUCAACUAUCCCUUCAAAAAGCCUUCAGCCCAAAUCAGCCGGCUUAGGACUUCACGUGCUUCACUGUCCUGAAUUCUCUUCCCUCGACAUUAUAUUCGUCCACGGCCUCGGCGGACACAGUCACAAGACCUGGACAAAAGACCAGGAUCCUCUCCUCUUCUGGCCCAAAUCAUGGCUUCCACUAGAGCCCGACGUCGGCACCGCCCGCAUCAUGACCUUCGGGUAUAAUGCCAAAUGGCGUGGCGAAGCAGGCAUCUCUAGCAUUACCGACUUUGCAAAGGAGCUCUUGUACGAGAUGCGCUUUGCAAAGGGCCCCUCUGGCCAAGAUAUCGCCAUCGGCGCGAAUCCAAUCAUCUUCGUUGUCCACAGCAUGGGCGGACUGGUAGUCAAAAAGGCCUUUCUCUUUGGUCUUCACGACGACAAUUACAAGAAUAUUGUCCAUUCUGUAUCCGCCAUCGUCUUUCUCUCAACACCUCAUCGUGGCACUCAUCUGGCCGAAACACUCAACCGGAUUCUUGCCGCGUCCUUCCAGUCUCCCAAAACCUUCAUCGCCGACCUUGAGAAGAGCUCCACGACUAUUGAAGAUGUCAAUGAACAAUUUCGACACUUUGCGCCCAAGCUAUCCCUGUGGUCCUUCUACGAAACCCUCCCUACACCCAUCGGUCUGAGGAAGCUUAUCAUCGUAGAGAAGGACUCUUCCGUCUUGGGGUACCCUGGGGAGAUCUCCAGACCUCUUCAUGCCGACCAUCGUGGCGUUUGCAAGUAUUCCAGUCCAGCAGAUGCCAACUAUGUCAGUGUUAAAAACGCUCUCAAGUCAUUGGUCACAACAGCACACUCCAAGGCCGUCCAAGAAGCAGAAGCGAGGGAGCAUCGGGACCUGCAGACACUGUUUCGCAACUGCCAGACGUCUGAGGAAGAGUACAAAAGGCACCUUCGAGACUGGGUACCUGGAACCUGUAAUUGGUUCCUAGAGGAGUCCCAAGUCAAAAGUUGGAUGAAAGCAAGCUCUGAGUCACACAUUCUAUGGUACAAUGCUCCUCCGGCCAGCGGUAAAUCUGUUCUCUCAGCUUUUAUCAUCAACCACCUUCAAGAGCUAGGUCUUCAGUGUCAAUAUUUCUUCUUCAGCUACUCCGACCAGCGCAAACGCUCGGUAGCUGGUUGCCUGAAAGCCUUGGCACUACAAAUCGCAAGAGAUCUGCCCGAGUUUAGAAAAGUCUUGAGUAGGUCCAGACCAGCAAACUUGGGGUUCCAAUCCACCGAGCCAUCGCUGAUAUGGCGAAACACAAUGGAGAGGCUCCUAUUGUCAACAAGCCGCAGCACUCCUUUAUAUUGGGUGCUCGAUGCCUUGGACGAAUCUGACUCGCCGGAUGCUCUUCUAGAGUGCUUUGAGAGACUAUCAGACGCAAAGGUACCAAUACGACUUCUCAUUCUGAGCCGCAAUACAUCCGCAAUUUCCGCUGGCUUCAAUCGGUUGAGCAAGACAUCCGUCCGUGUGAUGAGUAUCGAACAGCCGGGGCAGCUGCGUGGCAAACAGGAUGUUGAAGUUAUAGUUGGAGAAGGCAUCAAACAGCUAGGAGGCAGCAAUGCGUUCAAACAGCAAUUAACACAGACCAUACUGGCACGCUCGGAGGGGAACUUUCUCUGGACGAAGCUGGUCCUUGAAGAGAUUCGAGACUGUCAGACUGAGCAAGAGAUCCAAAGUAGUCUUGGAGGGAACCCGGGCGGCAUAAUCUAUCUCUACCAACGCAUGGAAGCGGCCCUCUUGAGUACAGCUAAACAGUCGAACCGGCCUCUAAUCAGGGCUCUCCUGGAGUGGACAAUAUGUACUCAAAGGCCUUUGAGCGUCCGGGAAUUAGCCCAGGCACUGUCACCCGAGUUCUCGGGAUUUCUGGAUCUCAAGAAGACAAUCCAGAACACAUGUGGGCAAUUUGUACAUGUCAGCGAUAACGACACAAUCAUCUUGCUGCAUCACACCGCUCGCGAAUACUUCACAAACACACUGAGCAGCCAAUUCUAUAUCAACGUCCACCAGACGCAUGAAAGGCUCUUUGUUCGUACCUUGAAGCAGCUGGAGGAGACCGAUCUUCGAUGGCGGCUUAUACAAAGCCAGCAUGCGCUUCAGGCCAGCGAACCUUUUGUCUUUUAUGCAGCGGCUAACUGGCCAUCUCAUUUAACCCAAAGCAAUUCUUCCUCCUCUGAAGCGUUGAACCAUCUUGCUCGAUUCUUUCGCAGCCCGGCGGUUCUUGACUGGAUACACGCAUUGGCACUCCUUCGUCAACUGGAAGUUCUCGUCCAAGCUUCGAAGGCUGUGUCAAUGCUUGUUCAUCGACUGCAAAGCCAGCAAGCGCAAGAUGCGCCCUGUCUCGACCAAUCGCCAGAUUUGGAAAUUGUUGAGGAAUGGGCUGUCGAUCUGGUCAAGAUCGUGGGAAAGUUUGGCUCCAUCCUGGCAAGCGAACCCGGUGCAAUAUACGACAUCAUUCCAGCAUUCUGCCCAGCCAAAUCACGCCUUUAUAAACACCACUACAACUUGCGGCUAGCCAAGCUGAAGGUCCUUGGUUUGAGUGACGAAGCGUGGAGCGAUAGCCUUGGUCGUCUUGUGCUUCCCAACGAUGUUCAAGGGUUGGAUAUUUCUUGCGCCGGGAAGCAUCUCGCCGCGCUCGCCCCCAAAGGCGUCAUUCACGUCUGGGACGCCUCCAACUUCACAGGCGUAUGUAGGAUAUCUCACGGCGAGCAUGUGACGGCCAUGGCUCUAAGCGGAAGCGGCCUCAAGCUUGCUACAUAUGGCCUCACGACAACAAAAACAUGGUCGGUCAUUGGGGGAGAGCUUCUCACCACGACCCUGAGCUUUCCAAACGUCAAAGCUAGAGUCAUUGCUUUCGAUGAAGACAACCAGAAACUGCUAGUUGGCUAUGAAGACAACGUCAUCAGGUAUACAAUGUGCGAUGAGCCUGAAAAAGGAUGGCGCAUAGUAAAUCCAGCUCUUCUCAACGAGGCGGGAAAAGUCUACGGCACCAACGUCAAUUCUCCCAUCUGCCUAUCCUUCAAUAGCAACAAUUCACUUGUUGGCGCCUCAUACCGAGGAGCGCCGCUCUCCGUCUGGAGGCUCUCAGACGGACGAUGCCUCAACAGAUGCAGAAGAGCAAACGAGCCAGCCCGCAACCAGCGGCAAAACUCGACAAACUGGUGGUCGGUCAAGCGAUUCACAUGGAACCCCGUCACAAAUCACAUUCUCGGCAUAUACCUGGACGGAUGCAUCUUCAAAUGGCAUCCUCUCUCGGAAGAAAACAUAGAGGCUCGGGCUGCCGCAGAUGAAAUUGCUGCAAGUCCAAAUGGAAAGGUUUUUGCGACGAGCAGCAGCAACGGCACCGUUCGCGUUUGGGAUUUCACGAGCUUUCGCGUCAUUCAUCAGAUUUCAUCGGAGGAUCUCGUGAUGAGUUUGGCAUUCAGUCCGGAUAGUGGACGAUUGUAUGACCUCCGUGGCGGAACAAUCAACGCCUGGGAACCAACGGCACUUACACGCUUCCUCGUGAAGGAGGAAGAAGUACUCAGCGCCAACAUCGACACAAUUCAAUCAUCCAAGGAUCAAGGGAAGCCUACAUAUUCCGAGUCACAUGUUCCUCAUUACGAACACAUCACGGCCUUUGCCACAUCGCCCACUGCAACAUCAUACUGCGUUGGUUAUGAAGACGGCUCUGUUACCCUCUUCCAGAGGGGAGACGUUGAAGGCCGCGACUUUGCAAAUUUUCGCAACUUCCUCGACGUUGUUCAUAUCAAAUGGAGUGCAGAUGGGCAGCUCAUUGCAGUUGCAGAUCUUGCAGGCGAAGUUCAAGUAAAAAGACUUCAACAAGGCACUGGAGGGCAUGUAAGCAUCACCUCACUGCCCGCUCCACCGCUUGUGCUUGAGGACGACAACAUCGAUGAUAUGCUCUUCAGCCCUAAUAGCGAGCUACUCUUGAUCACGACAAGGUUAAAAGGUCACGUUUUUCACCUCAAGAAUGGCACGCAGCAAUCGACUUGUGAAUUCGAGUCAGAUUGUCCUCGUCGAUGGCUGCCUCAUCCUUCUCAGCCAGAUUUGCUCCUCGCAUUUGGCCCGAUAGAUGUUGUGACUUACACCUGGCUUAGACUCAUAAGAAUCAGCACUUCCGUCUAUUUCGAGUUGCAGCGGCCGGGACUAGCCUCCAAGGAUUCUCCGAAUGCGACAGAAGAGCUGGCGGGCUCAGAGCAAUCUCCUCCUUCAGACGGCGCGUAUUCCGAGUCGUGGGUGAUCAAUGUUCUUCUCACGCAUGAUGCGGAGCAUGUCCUAGUAAACACAAAGACCGUUUCUCAGAGGGGAACCAUUCAAAAAAGCUUCAUUUUUCCGGUUUCCGCAUUCAAUAUAGGUCCUCUCAACACUGGACUGUUCUCGACUAUAGGCCAUCUCCAUUUGCCACCCAGCAUAUCCUCUCGGAUCAAAGUGUCGCUGGGAGUUUUGCCAGGAUUUAGGCUUGUCUUUCUUGAUCACGAUGCAUGGCUCUGUACUUACUUCCUUGAGAGGGCGAUUCACAGCGACUUCUUGGAAUCUUACGAUCGACACUAUUUUCUCCCUCGAGAAUGGGUUGGAGCCAUUAGCUUUAGUUGCUGCCUGGCCGAAGAUGGGAUGCUCUUCUGGCCCAGAGAUGAUAGAGUGGCGCUGAUAGAAUGCAACCUUGACGAGCCUCGGGUGAAUUAUUCGUAUCAAGCCUAG